AUGGUAUCGCUAUCUCGCAAGACAUGCAGUGCACAGACGACUGGAUCAACGUCCGUAGAAGCUUCCGUGUGGAAAUCGUAUCUGGCCAUUCGACCGUCAAGCUCCAAUAAUGGUGGAACGAGUGGCUGCAAUGUAUCGGAUAAAGUGGGUACAAGCUUCUCAGGUGUAAAUUUGCGUGGACGAAAACGAGCGAAGCCACUAACUAGUCGAAGUGCUGUGCAAGAUACUAGCACGUGGAUCACUCUGGCCAGUCCACUGAGGAAACGACGUAGCGACGGACAAGAAGGCGCCACAGUGCUCGAAAGUGUCCGUUAUUACUGGGAACACCUGAGCGUCAACGAACGGCAGCAGAUUCUGUUUCUGGAUGAACCGGAACUCGUCAAGCAGCUGUACAAGCUAAACUUGAGCUUGUUAUGUGUCGGGUUGAUGCAGCGCCACUUUGAGACGUCCACCCGAAGUGUUCUGAGUGCAGCAAUCGCUGACAAGAAAGUAGCAGCGAUGUCGGCGUCGACUGAAGCGCAAACUGCGACCUUGGCGGGCUCGUCAUCAGUAACGGAUCGAAAAGGGACACCGCCAUCAAGCUGUGCAGUGCCAAAUUUAUCUCCGGAGAAGACGUAUGAGCUGCUUGAAGCCAUGGAGUUUAUGGAUAUAGGAACUGGCAUCUUGACAGUGAAAACAGAACUGGCUGAAGACACGGAUCGACUGUUCACACUGGUGGAAGAGGUUUUAGAAGGGUUUCUUACAUCGGUUCAUGUGCUAAAGGAGAGCAAGUUCAUCAGAUUGUUUGUGACGGAAAGUGAGACUAUCAACUCAUGGCCAAAUUACCAGCGCCUGAUCGCGAUGCUGGUGGAGCAGCUUAUUUUGAGGAGCUACGUCAGCCACUUGGAAAAGGAAGCCGCGCGACAAAUGGAGCAACUGUUGCUGGAGGUGUCGCUAGAGGAUAAAAGCUUGUCGAGACGCAUUUCGACGUUCUGUGACAAGAAAAGAAAAAGCAAGAAGCAGAAAAAGCGUAAAGCAGCACAUCACGAGGCACCGGCUACUGAUAGAGUUGAUUUGACUCCAAGCAGUGUUGAUGAUGAAGGCGGUGGAAAUCAAAUGGGGAAUGAUCCAAUUGCAACAUCGACAGUCGAGGGUGCAAUGAUGGAGCCCGUCUUUGAACCGACACCAGAGUUCACAUCUAUCUCAGCAGACAGCGACUGCCACUACUUUGUGAACACAGAACCGAUCAGUGAAGUUACGCUGGGCAAAGACGAAGUUAUCCAUGCAGAAGUGGAAAAUUCAACGAACAAGCUGUCACGUCUGAACCCAAACGCGCUCGUCUUCCAGCCCCAGGAAUUCGAGUCAUGUGCUGAUGAGUUCAACGUGCGAAGCUCAGAUGCAGGAAAACGGUCGUUUGGUCAGUAUGUCAUCAGCGUGCCGUGGGACGAUGUCAACCUUGAUGGAGGUAGUAUCGUUGACAGCCAAACUGUCGACAGUGGCUCGUCUAGUGGAGAUGAAGAUGGCAAUGACAGAAGGGCCUUCCAACGGUCAAGAAGGAAGCAACGGCGACGUGAAGAAGACACGGAGCUGGAGUCCCAGCUGCAACAGGUUUACGCGUCCACGUCGUCUCUCUUCGGCUGGGACUUUUUGCGACAGCGCGAGCUCCAGGAUGUCAAUGUUCACUGGAGCGAGUUGAUGCUGUGGCGAACUGCGCCUAAAGAAGUGGUCCGGUACUUUUCAUCCGACAAAAGGGACACAGCCUCUCGGUUCCAAGCCCCUCAACUUCUGGCACCUGCAUGUCCUGUGCCAUCGAGGUACUACUUCAACAUGCAGCCGUCACUGCCAUUUGGACCUCCUCUAUCGGGGCCUCCUGCACGCAUGGAAAUACCUCUCUAUGGCACACCAUUUGGCUAUCCACUACCCGAUGUCGUGUCGUCACCAGACUUUUCCAGUAUGCAAUAUUCGCAUCCAAGUGACCAGGACGACCAAGCUUGA